AACUUUUCACACACUGCUGCUGUUGAUGUGUUGGUGUGUGUGUUUCCGAGCGAGUGAAACAAGUUUAGAAAAGAAAUAUUACCUACUCGAUAGUUUCAGUCACAAGCAUAUUUGCUAGCGUUGCAACGAUAUUCGUGCUAGCGCACUUCCUCCGAGUCUGCUAAGUGUCGGAGCAAUGGCGGUCAAACCCCCAGGCUCAAUGCCCUGGCGCAAAUCACGUUUUCAACGAAAAGGAUAUCCUCCGGAGAUUUUCCAGGACGCGAAAUUUCGCGAGAAGAAGUACCUUUGCUCACAUUGUCACCAGGUGCUUGACCAGCCGCGUAGUGGUCCGUGUGGUCACCGCUACUGUCGACUUUGCCUUGAAGACCGCAUAGAUCGGAUGAGACCCACUGCUGAAUGCUACUGGAAGGAUUGCCAGGCAGUUCUGAAACCAGCCGAGCUGGUGGAUGAGAAAGACUUGGCAAUUGAGCUGGAAAAGCAAACGGUCAAGUGUGAUUCGGGGCCAUGUGAAUGGAGUGGUAGCCUCAGAGAUUAUGUGAAACACGAGGAAGAAUGUCAGUAUGGAUACUCCUGUUGUCCGUUUGGCUGCGAUGUAAAGACACCUCGACCACGGAUUUCCCGUCACUACAAGCAACAUGCGCUACUUCACCAGGACUUACAAACACCUGAACAACAAACCGGGGUCAUUGAUCAACUGAAGACGGAAGUAGAGAAGGUUCAGCAUGAUGUGGAUGCAAUGCAGCAUGCAGAGCAGUUGAAGUCCGUUGCACCUAAAGGUGAACUUGAUGCCAUUCGUCAACAUUCAACACAGUCUGUACUUGAGUUGAAACAUGAGAUGAGCGCAGCAAUGGAGGAGAACAAUGCAGUUUUGACUCAGAAUUUGAAGAAAACUGCUACUAGAGACGAAGUGGCUGCUGUUCGCAAGGAAGCAACUCGUGUCAGCAAGUCGGUGCUUGAAGCUAAACAUGGCGCAGCUGCAGCAAUGGAGAGGAGCAACAAAGCGUUAGCUCAGGUGGAAGCAUUGAAGAGAGACAUUCCUUCCACUGACAUCACCACUGUAUUGGCUAAGUUGACAGAGAUCUCAUCAUCGGUGGCCGCACUAACUGCAUCUCAACAAGCUAUCACAGCUCAACAAGAUAAAACACAGCAACAACUCGGUGUACUUUCGCAGAGGCUGGAGAAAGGUGAACAAGAUACAACUGCAGCAUGUGAACGCAUAGUGGAAAUGCAAAACCAGACCAACACAACUAUCCGUCAACUACAGGAGCAAAGUGCUACAAGUACCACAAGCAUUGGACAACUACUGGAGCAAAGUGCUACAAGUACCACCAAUAUUGGACAACUACUGGAGCACCAGCAAGACACUAGUGAUAAGCUUUCACGUGUCUCAGCAGCUGUUACCACCAUUCAACAAGCUCAAUCUGGCAUGCGCAGUGACUUGGAGGGAAAAAUCGGCGAAGUGAAGUCAGCAGUUACUGCUGUACCAGCUACCGUGGAAGGCAUUGUCAGAAAGGUUGCAAAACAAAAUCACUAUAUGUCCAUCCACAAUAACCAUACAUCAUUUGGUAGCAAGGGUAAUGGCAGGGUGCAGUUUGAAUAUCCACGUGGUAUCACAAUCAGCAAAGAUGGAAAGGUCUUUAUUGCUGAUCGGGACAAUCAUUGGGUGAAGGUCACCACACUGGAUGGUACAUACAUACGGGAUAUAGGCAAACAGGGCAGUGGUAAUACUGAAUUCAACACCCCCACUGAUGUAGCUGUGGAUGACGAUGGUGAUCUUGUGGUGGUUGACAGGGACAAUAAGAGACUGCAGGUCCUACAUCAGGAUGGGUCUUACGUGAAAACGAUUGGCCAUGGUACUGUCGGUAGAUCGUAUGGUGUUGCAGCACUGUCUCUGCCCCAGCAUGGUAUUUGCUAUGCUGUAACCGAAAACUCUGACUAUUGUGUGAAAGUGUUUGAGAAAGGAGGAAGGCAGUUGAACAAGUUUGGUACUAAAGGAAGUGGACCAGGACAGUUCAAAUCACCAAGGGGCAUUAUCUCGUCCAACGGCAGAUUGCUGGUUGUGGAUUACCGCAAUCACCGUAUCCAGGUUUUCACUACUGAUGGAAACUUCAUUACCAUGUUCGGAUCAGAGGGAGAGUCAGAUGGUCAGUUCAAGAGCCCUCAGCACAUUACCGAGGAUAGGCAUGGACACGUCCUGGUCACUGAUAGUAACAACGAACGUGUUCAAGUGUUCACUUCUGACACAUUCUCUCACGUGGCUACCUUCGGUUCAAGGAGUUGUCUUUCUGGUUCGCGCGGCAUUGCAGUAUCACCCAGUGGUACUGUGUAUGUUAGUAACUGGAACAAACACUGUAUCACAAUGUUCUAACUUUUGUCCUGGAGCAUCUUGUUUCUUGUUCUACACUAAUGUUUCUCACUGCUGUGAAACAUGAACAGGACCAGUAUUAGCAGUUUUGUUUGCUCAGGCUUUACUAUAGUAUUUCAGUUUUUUUGUGUGACACAUCGAGUAUGCAUAACCUACCCAGUAGCUAACAUGUAUUGGGCAGGCCAACAGUAGAUCCAGCCAAGUCAUGACUGACUGGACCAGUUACAACAUGCCUGAUUAAGCUGAUGAACAUAUGAGCAAUGCCAAUUACUGUAUAUCAUA